CACUCGCAACCUCCAUUGAAACAAUUCAGCGGACAAGGGAACGAGCCCCGUCCAUCACACUGUCAAAGAUGGGUGUCUACGAAGAACAAGAAUUCACCUACGACAGUGAGCAGAAGAAGAUCUUCUACUUGGCAGCAGGUCCCAAGGAUGGCCCAUUGAUCGUGUUUGUGCAUGGCUGGCCUGCCAUUGCGAAGACUUGGAAGUCCCAGAUAGAUACCUUCUCGGCCUUGGGCUUCAGAGUAGUUGCUCCAGACAUGCCCGGCUACGGUCGUUCGAGUGCACGGAAAAUCAAGGAAGACUACUCUCUGGAGCAGCUCAAUAUCGGCAUGGCAGCUCUGCUUGAUCACCUGGGCAGGGAUGCCGCUAUUUGGGUGGGCCACGAUUGGGGUUGCGGUGCCGUAUGGAGUUUCGCCGAGCAUUACCCGGAGAGGGUGAUAGCAGCAGCAGGUCUCGCAGUGCCCGCUGUAACGAUCGAAAAAGGCCUCGAUGAACUCAUCAAGCACGUGAACCGAGACAUCUACCCCGUCGACAAAUUCCCCUACGGCCAAUGGUCCUACCAGAAAUUCUACGAAGAGAAUUUCGACAAAGCCACCCACUUCUUCGACGCCGAUCCCGCCGCCAUCAUUCGCGUGCUCUACGCCAAAGGCAAACCCGAAAACCUCACCAAACCCGCCAUCACCGCAUCCGUCACAGCCGACGGAGGCUGGUUCGGAGGUGCAGACCAGCCCGACCCGAGAUUCAAACACAUCCCCAUCGAAGCCCUCUGCAUCGACGAAGAAACCUACACGGACCUUGUCGAAGCCAUGCAACGCACCACCUUUUACGGCGCAGAUGCCUGGUAUGCCAACCACUCGCGCAACCUGGAAUACUACACGCAAGAUGCCAAACACCAGGGUUACUUACACAUGCCGACAUUAUUCAUCGGAGCGCGCUACGACACGGUGUGCGAAGUAUACCAUUCCUCGCUCGCGGAGGCCCAGAGGAAAUUUUGCACGAAUUUGACUGAGGCGCAUAUUGAAUGCGGACAUUGGUUGCCGCAGGAAAAACCCCAGGAGGUGAAUGCGGUGAUUGCCAGGUGGAUUCUGCAAGAGGUGGAGACGCAGUGGCCUGGGUUUUGGACGAGGGGGUGGACGAAUGUGAAGUCGAAAGUAGUCUAAAGAAGGUACCUUACCUACUACCUUACCUACCUUAGGUAGAUGGACACACUGUCUGAUAAAUGUGGAAUUGGCGGCAAGAAAGACAGGAAACAAGGAAAAAAAAGAAAAGGCGUGAUGAUCUC